UCACCAUGGCGUCAUCUGAUCUGACCAUCUCACUCUACAGUGUAUGUGCCGCAGUAGCAACCGUAUCCACAUAUGGGUCAAGUGGCAACCACUAUCUUCCCACCUCCACCACACACACAUGCACACACACACACACACACACACACCUCAUCCUUUUAACACCCACGCCCGACUUCCCUUGAAGAUGACACAGCAUUUGCAUUUGCAGUGUAUAAGAACGGUAGACUGACAGUAGACUGCAGAUUCAUAGACAAGGAUCAGAAGAACUGAAGUGUGUAUCUUGGACAAGCAGGACUAAACAAGGGGGUGAUUACCAACAGCAUUCCUUAUCAACAGCCUUUAUUCAUCCACCUGUGUGGCGUCUGUCAGUAUGGAUACCGCGCUGCUUCUGUCGGUUCUGCUGGCGGUUCUGCUGGCGUACGUUCAGCCCCUGCUCUACAUUGUGUUCUCACUGAUCCUGCUGUGGAACCCACGCAUUCUACACACCAGGAAGCGUCUGCGGUUCUUCGCUCGGAACAUAGCACACAGGGGAGGGGCUGGGGAGAAGAUAGAGAACACCAUGGAGGCUUUCAAUCAUGCUGUUGAGGUGGGAGCAGACAUGCUGGAGCUUGACUGUCAUAUGACCAAAGAUGGUAAAGUGGUCGUGUCACACGAUGGGAACCUCCUGAGACAGACAGGAAAUGAUGUCAUGAUCUCUUCAUUGAACAUACAGGACCUUCCCCUCUAUAAAGAGCGUCUGGAAGUAACUUUCAACACCGGUCACUACAGCACGGGACAGGACAGGAAGUUUGUGCUGUUAGAGGACGUCUUUCAGAAAUUCCCCACGAUGCCCAUCAACAUCGAGGUCAAGGACGAUAAUGACAUCCUCAUAGAGAAGGUUGCGUCUUUGGUGAGGUCGUACAGGAGAGACGCCAUCACUGUAUGGGCCACAGAUAGUGAUCACCUCAUGUCCAAAUGCAGAGAACAGAAUCCAGACAUGCCAUUCAUAUUCACCCUGAGGAGAGGCAUCCUGGUGUUGAUCCUCUUCUACACUGGCCUACUGCCCUUCGUACCACUGGGAGAAGACCUGCUGCAGUGUUACCUUCCCCAAGUUAUCAACAGGAAGUACAUCCCAGAGCCCUCAGACCCACUGAUCCUGCGAUGCAGACCGCUCCUCUGGCUAGUAGAGAAGCUGGCCAUGAGAAAGGCUUUGUUUGAGCACCUGGUGAAAAGAGGGAUCGAGGUGCAUCUGUUUGUCUGUAAUGAGGAGAGUGACAUCAAGGCUGCGUUCACUCUCGGGGCGACCGCAGUGAUGACUGACUACCCCUCGCUCCUAUCUGACUGGCUACGGAGACACCCCCAGCCACCACAUACCCACCCGCACGAACCACCCAGACACCCCCACACACCACCCAGCAUCGUGGGAGCCAGCGGUAUGACCGUUCACUGUCGGGCCGACCCAAGUAAUGCCGGACUACCAUUUGCUCUUAUCGGCUAAAAAGCUCAAGUGACCUCUCUCUCAGAUGCGCACACACACACACUGGACUCACCAGAGCCACCUCAGGCAUAACAUGCACUUUAUUUUCACUUUGCUUUUUGUGUUUGCUUUCCAUCUAUAUAAAGCACAUGGAGUUGCCUCUGUGUAUGGAUGCAUCUAAUCUAAUACAUCAUGCUUUUUAUCUUUAUAAAGCACAUGGAGUUGCCUCUGUGUAUGGAUGCAUCUAAUCUAUGACAUCAUUUCCUAUAGUUCCAUUUUGUUCUUCCUGCUGAAGCAGUUUGAAGUCUCUUGUUUUUUGUCAGUGUAUGUGUAUUUAUUUCAGUAUAUGUGUCAGUGACGUUUAAGCUAUAAAUCCUGUCUGUAUGGGAUGUGACGCACAGUGUGUGAAAAGGUUGUUUUUUAUACUUUAUUCAACUUUACUUCUGUACUUAAUUCUGUUCAAAGACUUUUCUUUUCUAUUUCUGUGAAACUGUAGUUGUCAUUGCAAAUAUAAUAAAAUAAAACUAUAACUGGACUUCACCAGAAUAAAACUAUUAUUCUACUGGACUUCACCAGAAUAAAAAUAUAAUUCUACUGGA